AUUAAAUCUCCACAUAAAUGAGAGUUCAGAGGUGAAAGAAAAUAGCAACUGGGAAAGCAAAGGGCUUGGGUCAGAAACUACAGCCUAAAAAGUAUUCAACACAUGGUCGUAAGCAACGUGCCAAAAGACUCCAGCUGAGCGUAAAAAAUAGUAUUAAAGCUGUUGGACGCAACGCUAAAGGCAAGAAAAAGUUCUUCAAACUCUACACAGACAGCGACGUUUUUGGCAAAUAAAUUUGAGUUAUUUGAUGUCUGCAUGAGACAUGACCUAGCAUCUCAAUUAAAACUAAAAACUAAUCCUACCAGAGCUAUUAAAGUUCAACAGAAAAAGUGAGAUGAAGCUGAUAAUUCAUCUGUACCUUCAACUCUGGUAACAGGCAAUAUCUAUGAUCAAGAGGAGACUAAAUCAGAGGAAGCCAGAACUUCUCUUAACUCCAAAUGAACUGCUCGCUCGCAGCAAAGGUCUAAAAUCUCAAAGAGAGAAUUUGAGGAUGACUAUCUGACAGAUGAGGAUCAAGUAGCUUAUGAUAGAGCUAAGCUUCAUCUCGAGAUGUUGAAGAUGUUUCAGUCCCAGCUCUCGAAGUAAUCCCUAAUUAGAAGUCUAUACAAAUUUAUACACA